CUUGAGGCGCCGCGUUCACGGCCAUGCAAACAUUCAUUGCGCAGGAAAUUCCCGCCCCGACACUUUGCUGGGGAAGCCGCAUCGCAUCCAGGUCAUGGCCGGUAACGACGGAGUCCCUGGAAGUAACGCAUUGAAACAAAAAGAUACGGUUGUCGAACAUGUAGCUGAAGCUCCAUCGCUGCUCCCCUGAUAUCGAUCGACCGCCAGUCAUGCUGCUGCCAUCCGACGUCGCUCGGCUCGUUUUGGGGUAUCUCCAAGAAGAGGGACUGCUCGCUACAAGCCAGGCUUUCAUUCAUGAGAGCCCGAACCUGAAGGAGUACGCGGAGCACACCACAGGGGAUGGGACAAUACCUGCGUGUGUGUUCUCAGUCUUUGGGAAAGGCCUGACGACCAUCUUAAACGAGUACGUGGCUGCCAAAACUAAAGACUCUUGUCAUGAGGUGCCUGCUAUGUUGGCGUCCUUGUGGAAAAAGCUGGAUUUCACACUCAACCAGAUAAAGUCAAUGCAGAAUUCACCAGCUAUAUCAGCAAAUCAAAGAACACGUUCACGUGUUGGCGUGGCAAACAUGGCCCGACAGCGGGUCCUGGCUGUGGCUUCAGCUGCUGGUGUUGUCUGCUCCUCAGUGUCUGAAACCGCCUCCAUCAUCAGCCCUACGCACACGUCCACCAGCACGUUCAGUCAUUCUACCCCCGUAAACUACACUGCUCUGCACACCAGACCAGCUAUUGGGAGUGGAACACAGCAGCAAAUUCACGAUGGCAACCGACUGUUAAGCACGCCCAAGGAAUCACCCAUACAGGUAAUUGUCUCAGAGAAUCGAUUACUUCAAGGACCAAUGUCUCCUGGACGCCGGAAAUGGGAACCCCCCAGAAAGAGAAGCGGUGGCCCAAGUGGUCCUACUGCCUCUGGCAAGCCUGCCUCAACUGUCUCUAGCCUCAGUGCUGAACCUCAACCUGAAGAGACUGUUGACGAGAACUUCCCUCAACUUGUGAUACAAAAUGCACGUGAUAAAAUUUUGGGGGACAGAUCUUUACAAGAGAAGCUUGCUGAAAACAUCAACAAAAUACUUGCCAAUGACCCAACGCCCCAAACAUCUAAAGCACCUUCAAGUACAGUGGAGGCUGACCAGUCUAUAGAUGAAAUUCUUGGAUUACAGGGAGAAAUCCACAUGAGUGAUGAUGCUAUCCAUGAUAUUUUGGAGCAAACAGAGUCUGAUCCAGCCUUCCAAGCCCUGUUUGACCUCUUUGAUUACAAUAAAACCAGGUUCACUGAUGGAGAACCGGGUGAUGGAGAGGUUGACACCACUCUAGAAGAGACUGACACUGCUGGACCUCCAACUGCAGUCAGACCCCUUCAGACAGAUAAUCCAGGCAUUACAAACAACCAUGCUGCUGCUUCAGAAACAACACAAGUGACAGCAAAAAUAAGAUCUGGACAAGACCGGAAAACCAGGAAGUCUACUGCUCCCUUAAUAAAAAAGAUAGUUCUUGCCCCCAGCAACAGAUCGUCCCGGAUAGAGAACUGUUCUGCCAAGUUGUUAGUGACUCAUGGUGAACACAGCGGUGCAUCGUCUGGUGAAGGGGAUUCCAACAGAAAAGAAAAACCCUCUGUGUUUAAUAAUAGUGCCACACCGAUGGAGAUUGAUGAACCACUGAAUGGACCUCCUCCCUCCACAAACUGUAUAUUUACUCAGGAGUCUGGCAGAAAGACCCAAACCUCCACCUCUGCUGCCCUCAGUGAGUUAACCACAGCUCCUUCUUCACGGGACUCCUCUGCAUUUGCUGUGCCAUUAGUGCCAUCUGUGUCUGAUAUUAACAAAACACUGGAGUAUGAACAAGCACAAGGAUCUAAAGGUCAACCAACUACAGCGCCCUCUUCAGCUCUGAGUAGUCUGCCUGCUUUUUCAUCUCCUUUAGAUGCUGACCUGAGCAACACUGAGCCAACCUCUGGUCUACCUCAUACAGCUUCAAACAGUGGAGAUUCUCAGCUACUGUCUGUGGCGUCAGUAACAAGUGUAUCUCAGUCCUCCACAUCUCCUUCCACCAAGGCCACAGUUACGGCUCCGUCUGCCUCACCCCCUGCUUUAAUUGCUGGGCCACUCCCCUCAACGUCUGGCUCACCCACAUCUGCUUCUACUUCUGCAGUGCUUACAACUACACCUGCUUUGGCUUCGUUAUCCUCCAAUGUCCCAGUUUCAGCAGAGCCUGGUCCUUCCACCACCAUCUCCACAACCACAAGCAAGGCUGCAGCCGAUUCUAGUAAUGUUGUUUCUUUGAAGAUUAUCAUCAGUGAAAACCAGGAUGAGAAUUCCUCCACUGAUACGGCCCUAAAUCAGGCCAUUUCCAGCAUUUCUGGAGACAAGAUACCUACCAUCUACCUAUCCUCUCCAGUUAAGUCCCCAGUAUGCCCUGGCACUCCAAAGAUCAACUUGGAUGAGGUGGCACAAGCAGUUAGUGGUUUACAGAACUCUGAGGCACGUGCUAGUCCUCUCGGUACUAGGGCUGGGGCAUUGGUUGCAUCUCCAUUAGCCGGAACAUCUCAGGCCCAUCAAAGUUAUAUAAUUCAGCUACCACCAGCUAAUCCUGUUCUUCAGGGAGCCGCUGCCAACUAUUUCCUUGUAGCUGAACCCCCUACUACAGAUUCUCCAGCCAGGCAGCUGGUACUUCCUGCUGGUGUUGCCAAAGCAAACCCGUUGCCCAUCAACCAGUUUGGAGUGACCACGCCAGCUUGUUCUCAAAGCUACCCCACUGGGUCACCACUGAUCUUACCAUCACCUGUUAAACCUUUGAUGCUUCCUGUUUCUGUUAUGGGCCAGAAUACUCUGGGGAAUGUCCAGAUCAUGUCCAAUCAGCUUGUUGCUUUACAAAACCCAGUACCUACACAGCCAAAGGAAGCUGUCAAGCCCAAACCUCCCACAGUGGCUGUCAAACCACCCACAACUGAUGGCCCUGAGCGAGGUGUACCCAGUAAAGUGAUUCAACCUGUGUCCACUGAAAAUGCAGGCCUUAAGGAUGCAGUAAAGGGUUUCGGUCACAGACGAAUUUUAAACUUUGACUCUUCAUCUGAAGGUCGUCCUCAAACUUCUAAACCAACAACAAACAGCACUUCCUCUGCUGCAAAUAAAACGAUAUCACAAUCUGUUAAGCAGACUCUGAAAGAUAAAACGCCACCCAGUCAUCGGAUUAGGCCAACUAUCUUGGGUGGCAACAAACCGAAGAGAAGAAUAGAGACCGUCAGAUGCUCAACAGUCACCCAGGCCAAAGAAAGCUUAUUGAAGGAGGCAGAGAUGUCUCUGUGUCUGCAACAAAAAGAUCCUGUCAAAAAGAACUUGCGGAAACAAGAUCACAAGACUAGUAACAAAGACUCUCUCAGUGUAAAUACAAGCAAUGCUGAAGCCUCACAGCCUGAGAAACAAACGGUGUCAGUAUCAGGAGGACAGUCAAAACGUAUUGACAGACACAAUUUUGACAAGGUGGAUAAAUCAAAACUAAAGGAUUCAAAUAGUUCUAAAUCAUUGUCCUCUGAUUCUGCGCUGAAAUCAGGAAGUAGAAAGGAAAAAGAGGAGAGUGGCAGGCAAGAUUCCACAGAAAAUGCUCCAGCUCAAUCACGUGAGGGACGUACAGAAAAAAGGGCUUCAUCGCAGGAGACCCCAAAUGUGACCGCUAACAAGGAAAAUGAAAUGAAGGGUAAAAUGCAGGAGCAGCAACAGCAGUCACCUUUGUCAUCGGCUCCAGCCGUCACCCACCCUACAGCUAAUGCCUUGUUCACUGCUGCAAAAGCGCCCUCAAAGACCAGCUCUCUGGCCAAACAGGCCGCUGAGAUGCUGCAGGACAUCCAAGGAAUCAAAUCGCCUUCCACCGCAGGAGCAAGCAGUGCCGAUCCCAGUGUUUCGUGGACAGCUGGGACUAGCCAUAACCAGGAGGACUCAGCAGAAUGUCAAAGGACCCCUUCUCGACAAAGGAAGGGUAAAGACGGAGAAGGGACUCCAAAGCAUGUAAUGCUUCCAACAACCCCCGAUGUCCCCACCUGCAGCCCUGCUAGCGAAGCUGGCAGUGAAAACAGCAUUAAUAUGGCUGCUCACACACUCAUGAUUCUUUCCCGCGCUGCCAUUGCAAGGACAGGCACUCCACUGAAAGACAGUUUGCGUCAAGAGGAAGUAGGAGAGAAGGCGACCACGAGCACCAAGAUGUCUAAGAAACGCAAACAGCCAACUCCCACCUCCAGUCCGCCAUUAAAAAAGGAGCUAAAGCGAUCACCCAACAAAAGCCGGGAAAGGAAGAAACUUGUGGAUUGCUUUCCUCAAGACUUGGAUGUGGAUAAGUUCCUGUCAUCACUUCACUAUGAUGAGUGAAACUGGCCACGCCAUCAGGGAAGGACUCCCAUACCACAUCCCUCUUAGGUUACUGUCCAGGAAUAGAACAAGCCAUCUGCCAACCCAGUGCCUAUAGUUCCUAUUAGUAACCUUGCCUGAGACCUUAUAAGCUGCAGUCUCUCCUUUUAGCCAAUAAAGGCUAUGCUCAGUUUUCAGUGUAAGCGAUCUGUAUAAAAUCCACCAGUAGGAAAACCAUGGCACUUUGUUGAAUGUGUUUUUGUCAUGCUUAUAUUUUCCGAGUUGUUUGUACAGAAAUACAAACAGACAACAGAACAAUUGCACAUUUGCUUAUGGGCACUUCAGCCUAAUAAGUGCAUGUUGUUGGAGUGGAUGACUCAAAAAAGCAUUUACCUAGUCAAUAUUUGACUCUAUAGUAACACUGAAUAAAGAACCAUUGUUGAAUUUAUAUUGUCCCAAACAAAUGUCAGGGUAAUUAAAAUGUGGUUUACUCUUAUUUUGUGGCAUUCAUGCUUAGUUUUUUGAAAGUAGAGUUAAAAAAAUGUGUGAAAAUGGAUGCAAUUACAUGUGUACUCAGGCUUCACUAACUUGUAAUAAACUCUCUAUUAGUGUUGUGUAUUGUAUGAGUCAGGCUUUAACAUUGUAUGUGCUUAGAGGCUUUGUUUUAAUACCACAGGUAUUUAACAUAGAUGUGUGAAAAAUUCUGGCUGAUAGUCAAGGGCUUGAUAUUGGGGAUUUUAUUUAUGGUGCAGAAUAUGCAAGGUUUGUGUUUCACAUGUAGCUCAAUAAAUAAAAAAAAUCAAAUGUAGUUUGAAA